AUGGUCCGAGCACUUGAAGAAGAAGAAGAUAAUUACAAGUCAAGAUUGUAUCAUUUCAAAGGGAUGCAUGAGAAUACAGGAAGGCAUACCAAGAGUUUGAGCGUUGAGAGCGCUACCGCGUUAGAGUUUCAGGACGAUGAUAAGAAGGGUUCAAGAAGUAAUGGAGCUCAAGGCUCCAAGUCACGGUUGAGCAAAGAAGAAGCCGAAGCCAGAGAAAAGCAACAACAGACAGAUAUGGAGCAGAUGAAGGAGAGGUUUGCCAAAUUGCUUUUGGGAGAAGAUAUGUCUGGUGGAGGAAAGGGUGUUUCGUCAGCUUUGGCAUUGUCGAAUGCUAUUACAAACCUUGCCGCUUCUGUUUUUGGAGAACAAACUCGCCUAGAACCCAUGUCCGCAGACAGGAAAAAGAGGUGGAGAAAAGAAAUAGAUUGGUUAUUAUGUGUGAGUGAUUACAUAGUUGAAUUUGUUCCUUCACAACAGAAAUCCAAGGAUGGAAGCAAUAUGGAGAUAAUGGUGACUCGGCAACGAACAGAUCUUCACAUGAACAUUCCUGCCCUGCGAAAGCUUGAUGCAAUGCUUAUUGACUGUCUAGAUAAUUUCAUAGACAAGCAAGAGUUCUAUUAUGUAUCCAAAGAUGCUGAUGAGAAUGAGAAAGGAAAUGCAAAGAGAAAAGAUGACAAAUGGUGGCUACCUACUCCUAAAGUUCCGCCGAAUGGUUUAUCAGAAGCGGCAAGAAAAUUUUUGCAGUAUCAAAAAGAUUGUGUCAACCAAGUGCUUAAAGCAGCAAUGGCCAUAAAUGCUCAAGUUCUAUCAGAAAUGGAAAUUCCCGAGAACUACAUUGAAUCCCUCCCGAAGAAUGGAAGGGCAAGUCUUGGUGAUUCGAUCUAUCGGAGCAUUACAGUUGAAUUCUUUGAUCCUGACCAAUUUCUUUGCAGCAUGGACUUAUCAUCAGAGCACAAAAUACUGGACCUCAAGAACAAAAUGGAGGCUUCCAUGGUAAUAUGGAAAAGAAAGAUGAACCAAAAAGAUGGGAAAUCAGGUUGGGGCUCAGCCGUGAGCUUGGAAAAGAGAGAGCUCUUUGAAGAGAGAGCAGAGACCAUCUUACUCCUCCUCAAGCAGAGGUUCCCUGGAAUCCCUCAAUCUUCACUAGACAUCAGUAAAAUCCAAUACAACGCGAAUGUUGGACAGGCUAUUCUUGAGAGCUAUUCAAGAAUACUAGAAAGCUUGGCCUUCACAGUCUUGUCCCGGAUUGAAGAUGUACUAUACGCUGAUUAUGCUUCUCAGAAUCCAUCACAUGUAGCAUGUAAAAGGAACAAUUUAGGAGAAUCUACACCAGUUGCAACUUCUCCAGAUAGGUCCACAAAAGAAGAGAAUUCCGGGACAGAGACACCCGGUUCAAUGACACUGUCGGAUUUCAUGGGUUGGGGAUUGGAUCAAGCUGACACUGAGGCACAAAAGGACCUAGAUGCUACAGAUGAAGGCAAAGACUUCUGUGAGGUUAAGCAUCCACAUAUGCAGAAGAUUGCCAACAUAGUCACCAACAAGAAGAUUUCCUAUCUAGAUAACUUGGGUGGAUUGAGAAGUCCAACGGCACGCCACUAA